AUGAACAAAAUUAUUAAAGUCAAACCGUUAAAGAAUUUUGUCAAGGAAAAUGAUGAUCCGAGACAAAUUCACUAUGCAUUGCAAGAACUAAAGAACGCCUUUUCUAGACGAGAUUUAAUAAAAAUAGAAAGAGAAAAAAUGGAUAUUAAAAUGGAAAAACUUAAUGUCGAAAUGAUUGAAUUUAAAAUAUACGUACAUGACAAAUCAAUUGAAAUGGAAGAUCAUAUACACACAAUUAUUAACGAAUGUGAAAAUAUUAUUAAAGAUGAAAAAAUGGAGCAGGAAGAUAAUCGAAGAAAAAUUAAAUACAUUGGUAUAAACAAAAAAAAAUUAGACAAUAUCGUUCAGGAUAUAAGAUCUCGUAUUGAAAGUUAUAAACCUUAUGAGGAAUUUAUUUCAAAAGUGAUUGCAAAAAACCCUAGAUAUGAAAAUGUGUUUGAUAUCAUUAAACAUGUCGAUGAAAUGGCUUGUAUAAGAAACAUAAGUUCAAUAUUAAAAAUAUCUGAAAACGAAAAAGAACAAACAAAUAAAAACAGUUCUAAAGAAAUUCAACAUAAAAAAACUAAAAAUAACAAAAUAAUUUUAAAUGUAGACUUUAACGACCCCCGAACUUAUCUAGAAGAACUUAAGAAAGCUGAUUUAAUGUAUAUUAAGAAGAAAGCAAACGUUAAAUUUGAUUACACCACUAAAAUAAAUUUAAAUCCUGUCAGUCAAAUUCUUAAGACAGAUCUGGAUAUAAUGAAAGAUAGACAAAGAGUUGCUCAAUUGAAAGACUUCACCAACGAAAUACAAGAAAGAGAAAAAGAAAAUAACUUUGUUAUCAGUACAAUUUUACAACAGUACAGGGAAUUAUAUUUGAAAAAUAAUGGAAAAUUACCAAUAGAAUUUCCCACGGCAGAAGAACAGUUGGCAUACAUUUUAAAUUUCUACAAAAGAUUAGUAAAACGAAUGGAAAUUUAUGAAAACAUAGUAUCAGGCAAAAAGACAGUAAAAGAUUAUAUUGCAGAAACCAAAAAAUAA